UCUCAUCGUGCUCGUUUUGAUCAGCUCAAUCACCAACUCGUUUUGUCUUUUAUUCAAUCAGCUGCCAACAUCCUCCUGUCAGAGAACGGUGAUGUAAAACUGGCAGACUUCGGUGUCGCCGGUCAGCUCACGAAAACCACCAAAAAACGGGUCACCUUCGUCGGCACUCCAUUCUGGAUGGCUCCCGAGGUCAUCAAGCUCUCCUCCUAUGAUGACAAGGUUGGUCACUGCCUACAGCGUGUUGUUUUGCUUAUCUCAGUAUUUCCUCUCUUCCUAUCUGUCUAUCAAUCGCAUUCAUUUGUCCAUUGCAGAUUUGAAAGAGAGAUACGCUUUAUGUUGAAAGAUACCAUUCCAAAAUUUUCAGCAAAAACGUCCUCCAUUCACAAGGAAUACAACUAG